UAAGUAUCCUGUGACACACGAAAAUCGAGCAUGUGCCUCUAGUGGGGCAAUGGCAGAGAAGCACCCAUUACCACCGGAUUCUCUCUCUUUUGGAUCUUACGGCACCGAGCAGAAAAGACUCAAACUGGAGGACAAGGUCCUACAGCAGCCUGGAAAGGGUCACCUUGACCCUCACAACGCCCCUCCUUCCCGUGUGGUGCACGCUAGAGCUGUUCCCGAUGGCUGCACUCAUACGCUCCUUGUCAAUGUUCUCUCUCAAUUUGGGAAAAUCGGGUAUGUCACAAUGAUGCCUAAGCUUCGUCAAUCGCUGGUUGAAUUUGAAAAGAUUGAAGAUGCCAUUGCUUGUGUUACCCAUUGUCAGCAACACCAAAUCUUUAUCAUGGAUCGGCAAGUUUACUUUAAUUAUUCCACCAGCUCAGAGAUCACUAGGUCGCCUUAUGGGGUGGUUCCCAAUAAUACUGCACCUGAUCCUAAUGAGCCCCCGGAGAAUCACAUACUCUUAUUCACCAUCUUUAAUCCUCUCUAUCCUAUCACUGUAGAUGUCAUUAGAACGAUUUGUACUCCUUAUGGAUUUGUCCAGCGCAUUGUCAUCUUCAGGAAGAAUGGUCUCCAAGUCCUAGUAGAGUUUGAUUCCAAUCAUUCUGCUCAGCGGGCCAAGCAGCAGCUGGAUGGUGCGGAUAUAUACGCAGGUUGCUGUACGCUAAAGAUUGAGUUUGCUAGGACCAACAAGUUGAAUGUAUUUAAAAACGAUGACAUGACUUGUGAUUACACUGUUCAAGGUCAAAGGCUACAAUCUAAUUUCCCGAGAGUCCCUCCAAUGCAGCAGCAGCAACAGCAAAUGAGACCUUUCUCCACCUCUCCUUAUGCUCCCCAGCCUACCAACUCUGCACCCUUUGUAGGGACGCAGGCUGUUGCUGGCUCAGGUUCUGUUAUAAUGCUUUAUGGAUUAGAUAGGAACUUCAACUGCGACCAUGUCUUCAACCUUCUCUGUUCUUAUGGAAAUGUUUUGAAGGUUAAGUUAUUAGUGAACAAGCCUGGCACUGCAAUGGUUCACAUGGACUCACCUCAAGGAGCUAGGAAUGCCAUCCAGUAUCUCCAUGGACAGAAAAUAAUGAAACAGACACUUGAACUCAAUUUUUCCAGGCACAGUUAUAUAGCUGAUUAUAGUCAAAGCGAUACUUUACCAGAUGGGUCUCCCUGCUGGAAGGAUUUUUCUCAGUCGAGGAACAACAGGUUUUUAACUGCAGAAGGUACUAGCAAGAAUAGGAUUGUAGGCCCUGGAGCUAUCAUGCACUUCUACAACAGUCCACCAGACAGCACAGAGGACAAGUUAAAAGCUGUUUUCAUUAAUGUCAAUGCACCACCACCCAAAGAAAUAAGAUUCUUUUCUCAAGGAUCUUUAGCCAAGAGUGCGACUGGUUUAAUGGAGUGGAGUGACACAGAAACUGCACUGGAAGCAUUCAUAUUAGCUAAUCAUCAACAAGUCUACUCGCAGAGUACACAAGCAUACACAUUUAAGCUUGCCUUUUCAAACAACACCUCACUGGAGCAACAGCACCUACCUGGCAGUGGAAGCACUAACAGUCUUUCAUAAAUAAACAAGGGAUUGAUUUGUUCCCUUAUUUCUUCUCAUAAUUUGCAUGUUUCUAAGAGUAGACUUAAAAUACUAUUUUUGCAGUUGGUUGUGUAUAGUGUGGCUGAUAUGCCCCAUUUUUUUCACCAAUGUUGCCUAUAUAUAGUAGUACAUAAAAAUAAAGUGAUUUUUUCUGUAUUAUAUUUGUUUGGUAUGAUUUAUCACUUAA